UACAGCAACAUAGCGUGGUUCAACGUGAUCUAUCGUUUUCCGUUUGUAUUUCGUGUAAAUCAUUCUAAUGUACUCACGUAUUUAACUUCAAGCUAUUUAAAUUUUUCAUGUGGUUUUUCACAAAUUAUAAAAUAGUGAUAUCUCCAUAUUGAUGGGUGUACUCGGACCUCCCUCCAAACGCUGCUCUGACAUUUUCUAAAGACGCCAUGUUUGUCACGUUUUUGCCAGUUGUGAAUAUAUUUAGCCAAAAAUUGGAUUUGCAGUAGCGUUGCCGCAUGUAAUCGUGAACCAGUGUUGUAAUAAAUUCGGUUCAAAAUGAGUAUGGUUUUUUCAAAAAAUAAGGAAAAGCGUUCGCGUUCGUCGUCCAGCGAAGCUAACAAUUCAUUUGUGAAGAAUGUGACAUCACGAGUGUCUGGGCUGUUGCCUGCGACCAUCACUAAGUGGUUUAGCAGUAGCCCAAGCUCGUCUUCAAAUGCCAAUGGAUCGACUCAAACAGCCGACGUCACUGACUCCUCAACUGAGGACGAGGCACCAGAGAGCCCAAUCACCACCCAGCCGCCGUCCAAGCGAAUGCGAUACAGUUCUCCCGGGAAUUAUCAUUAUAGCUCAGAGACAAGAUCUGAUUGUAUACCCACAAAUGUAGAUGACAUGGACUUAUGCACUCCUUAUGGUAAUGUGCAGUCUCCGCCAGGCCGCACUACUUUCAGGAGAGAGACUAACUUUGUCUCCACUCCACUGCGUUCUACUGACGAGUCCUCUAUGGACAGCACUGAUAAAGAAACAACAAUGUUCAAAUCGACAAUUUCAGUGUCCACUGCAGGUCCGUCAGUUGCGCCCAAGAGGAAGUCUUUGUUUGAUCCAUCAAACAGCACUGAAGCGUCAACUAGAGCUUGCGCGAAAACGGCGAGUAAUACACCGAAAGACCCUAAACAACCAUGUUUCAAGCCAAGUCUUUUUGGUUCACCAUUCUAUCCAGGGAGGACAAUGUAUGGUGGUGCUUCAUCAUCUUAUAUAAAUCAGCCCAACAUCAAACAGCGGAGGAAUACGCUAGUAAAUGAGGCUAGUUCUAGCGACAAUACCAUCAGUAACUCGACAAAACGUAUCAUGGACCUAUUGCAACAUUACUCAUCACCAUUGAAUGAAGCUAAAAGAAUACCACCAUACACAAGGCCUUCCAGAAGCGAAAGUCUCAACAACAGUGUUAAUAGUUCCUCUCCAUAUUCAAAGAAAGUUGUUAGUUAUAAAACUCAAGAGCUUUAUGUGCCAAGCAUAGCUUCAAUUUUACGACUGAAGCAGAAGUCUCGAUUGAUGGACACAACUAAUGUGGCGCGUCAGUUACUAGCAUCGCACAGCAGCACGUCUGAUUACGUGCCUUACUCCCAAAGGGAACAAACAGAAAAGGAAACUACCAGUAGUAAAUUAACAACUAAAGUGAAAUCGAGGUUAACUCGGCCCAAAAGAGGCGAGAGCAGUGAUGCAGAAACUGAACUACCUACACCAGUUCACUUGCCAUCUGCAGUUUUACAGAUUGAUCAAAAUAAUUUGCCUAAAUUCUCAUUUGGAAUACCGUUGACUUCUGACACGUUAACACCUACACCAAAGGUCGCAGUCAAUAAGUCGCCAGUUGCAGAGCCCAAGAAGGCUAAUACUACAUUCAAAAUAACUGAAACACCAUUAAGUAAGCCUGAGACAGUCACUAGUAACAAUUUUAUGAAUUUCUCAAGUCCUGUUAGGAUAUCCAGUGAUAAUCCGCAGACUGCAGCCAUUCUUCCUAAAUUCACAUUUAGUAGCCCCGAACGAAGUAUAGACAAACCUAAAAUUUUGGAAAAGAAAGAUGAUGAUGUUACUUGUGUUGUAGGUGCCACAAAACAGACAGAAAAUAUAAUAUCCCUUUCAAAAUCUAAGGGAAAUUGGCAAUGUCCCGAUUGCUGGGUUCACAACAAACCAGAUGUCGAGAACUGCGUAUGCUGCGGAGCCACUAAAUCAAAGAAAGUUACUGAAAAGUCGGCCAAAUGCUCUGUUUGCAAACUUGCUGACAUUAAGUCACAUGGUGACAAAUGUGCGCUUUGCGAAAAUAAUAGUAUUAACAAUAUAGACAAAGUAUCAGUGAUUAAAUCUACUGAUUCUUCUCAAUGGAAAUGCGAUGAUUGCUGGGUAAACAAUGACGAGAAUGCAGAAAAAUGUGUGUGUUGCGGCGCCAAAAAUCCUAAGAAAGCUACCACUUCAAAAAUAAAUGUCAUUCCUACAGAACCUGUGAAGUUAGAGAUUGAGUGGAAGUGUGAAGAUUGUUGGAUCAAGAACAAAAGCAAUGUGGAUAAGUGUGCGGCAUGUGGCGCAGCAAAACCCGGCGCUAAGCAAACAAGCGCCGCACCUUGUACUGGUUUUAGCUUCUUUAAUUCACCCAUGACUCAAUCGUCUGACCAAUUGACAAAGUUAGUCAAAACACAGACAAGCAAAUGGGAAUGCCCCAGCUGUUUAGUGCGAAAUGACAAUACCAAAACUAAAUGUGUUUGUUGUGAGUCUGACAAACCUGGUUUAGUGAAAGAACCUGAAAAGAAGAGUUUUAAUUUUGGAAUGAACGUAAAUACGACAUUCAAGUUUGGUAUUGAUACCAAAAUUCAAGAAGCAAGUACAACCAAAACAAAUGAAAUUAAGACUACCAUUGAAAGCAAAAACGUUGAAGAAUCUGAAACAAAUAAUAAUGUGUUAUCUAAGACGCCGACAUUCAAAUUUGGCUUAUCCGUGAAAAAGAACGAGGAUCUGCUAAGUGCUGCUAAAACAACUGAAGAAAAAGCUGCAGACAGUACUCCAAAAAUGAAUUUCUCCUUUGGCAUACCCACAUCUUUGCCUCCAUCUACUACUAUCACUCCUAUUUUAGGAACUUCAAAUAAAUUUACAAUGCCUGUGUCCAAUAAGGAAGAGGAUAAAGAAAAACCACAAGAAGUACCAACUAUUGAAAUCCCAAAGACCGAAGAAGCGCCCAAACCAGCAGCCAACCUCUUUGCAUCACCAUUGGCUUCACAGCCAGCUUCACAAGAAAAAUCUCCUGCAAUUUCUUUCUUUAGCCAAGAUAAACAGGCUACUACUUCAUCUUCAUUAAUGAGCUCCUCCAUAACUCUAGAAAAAAAAGAUCCGCCUAGUAACCAUUUAGCUCAGGCGCAACCUGCUGCCACUAGUAUUGAAACUUCAGCCAAGCCUACGUUUACGUUUGGUACUGGCGGUGGCAUCAAAAUAAACCCCAAUUUAUUUGCUACUGCAGCUACGACGACUAUAGCUUUUGGAACACCUCUUCAAAAUACAACAAAUUCUGCUUCUCUUUUUUCCAACAAAGAACCAGUUACGACGUCAACAAUGUCCAUGUUCCCCAAAACUGAUUCAUCAAGUACCGUGUCUCUGUUUCAAAAGAGUGACUCGCCCGCUAGCACUGCGGCGCCACCGGCUCUCGGUGCCACAGCACCGAUGUUCAGUUUUGGAGGCGGCAAUCAGAAUGCGCAACAAGAAAAACCCAAGUUCAAUUUUACAUUUGGCAGUAACAACAAAACUGAAACUCCGUCACUAUUUAAGGCGCCCACAUUUGGUGCGUCAAAUGAUAACAAAUUUACUCUUCCUGCUGCAACCGGCAACUCAAAUGCGUUAGGUGGCAAUGGAUUGUCGUCUGGAAAUGCACUUGGAAGCAAUGUUAUGUCCAGCGGAAAUGGCUUGCCAGCAAAUUCGCUCGGAGGAGGAAGUGAGAUGUCGAACAAUCCUUUAGCGAGCGGAAAUAGUUUACCAUCUGGAAAUGCUUUGCAGACACCAUCGAGUGGAAUAUUUGGAGCCGCAAUUCAAAAGGAAAAUAUGUGGUCUUCAUCAAACAAUCCUUCAAACAAUUUAUUUGUUUCAAAUGCGACAACAAACAGUUUACAGAAGCCAGCCGCGUUUACUUUCGGAUCUUCGACACCUUUUAAUGCCAACAACAAUAAUACGACACCAGCUUUCGGGAGCAACACGCAGUCUACACCGAGUGUGUUUGGGAUGGCAAAUCAGAAUGCAAAUACACAACCUUCUUUAUUCGCAAGUCCAGUGCAGAACCAGCCGGCGGCGAAUGUUUUCGGCUCUCCACAGCCAGCGGCUAAUCCCGCACCUACCCUCGGCAUGUUUGGCACUCCAAACGUUGGUGCCACUCCGACUUUCGGCACGCCAAACCCCUCGAUCCCGUCGUUCGAAGCGCCAUCGCUCACACCUGCACCUGCUCCCGCUUUCAAUUUCGGCGCACCGCCAUCGACAGGCGUUUUUGGAUUCGGACAGCAGGCGCAACAGGCGCCGCAGCAGCAGGCCGGUGGCGUAUACAGCUUCGGCGGCGCGCCGCCCGGCGCCGGGCCGCAGGUGCAGUUCAACAUGGGAAGCGCGCCCAACACCGCCGUGCGCCGCAUGCGUAAGGCCGUACGUCGCAUUCCCCCGCGAUGAACAGGCGAGUCACUGCCACCGCGCGCGUUUAGGGUGAGCCCGUAUUCAGUAAGUGACCUAAUUUAGUUACAAUACACAAUCAUGUGAACCCGUAAGGAUGUUCAAAUUUGAACGAAAACAUCCUUUAAGGUAGUAACUUUAAGUUUAGCUAAUAACUUGUUAGGAAUAUAAAAUCAACAAUAGACUUGAAUAAAUCUUUAAUGGUGGAUAUUAACAUCACCUUCAAAAUUGUAUGUGAUGUUUAUUGUAAUUGUUUUCAUACAUUAUUAUUUUAACAUGCAUUAUUAUGUUAUAAUUAUGAUUGACUUAUAUAUGUCGCAGCCGAAUUGAAUAAUUCGCCGUAUUACAUUACGGCUAGCCGUUUUCAAAAACAGGGCUGAUUCGUAAUACGGACGGUCAACAAUUAGUCGAUUUGAAUACGGCUGAAUAAAAGUACGUCGGAAAGUGUUCGCGCGCUUUACGUUAUUCAACACGGUUAGCCGUAAUAGUUAGCGGAUCAAUAGCGGCCUCUUUGACAGGUUUUUAGUUUUUAUUUCUCGCGGCGCUGUCGUGGUAUAACAAAAUUCCUAACAACGACAAUGGCGUCGAAUACAGAAACUACUAAAAUGUGAAGUUAACAGAGAUUUAAACCCCUUACAACGUAGCAUGAUGAGAAUGACAGCAGGACAGAAAUAUAGUACAUUGCUUAGCGUGAAAGAGACGAGAUAUUAUGUUUGUUUCGGACUAACGGUAUACAGCUUAGCACGAAAGCGAAACACUGUUUUAUUUGAUUAAACAACAAGUCAGCUACAUUACCCUACAAUGUUAAAUUAGUACAGUGCGGCUUAACGUUGGUUGCCAUAUUUUAGACGGCCCUGUUUUUGGAAACUGCUAGCCGUAGCAUAUGGCGAAUUAUACAACCCGGCUGCGAUAUAUAUGUAAUUUACUUCUAGUCUGACUUUUUUGCUCAUUGCUCAUUAAAUUUCAACGUCAGACUUAGACUAUUUUUUUAAUAUAAUUUUUGAACUGUAAUUUGAAGUUGCUUUAUUUUGUAAACAUAAUAUCCUUGUCAUUAAUUUCAUGUCGAGUUUGUAGGGUGAUCAAUGUCAUUAAAUGUGCAUUAAAAUAAUAUUUUUUCUUCUAAUCCCUUUAUCCCUUGUUGGGAUGUAGGGCUAGAAUAACAGAUUUCCACUCCUAGCGAUAGUUUGCAGCCUCUGUAGCUUGCUCCCAUGACAUGCCGAGAGUUUUUAACUGUCGGUAAACCGAGUGUGAUCAGGUCUCUUUGGGCCGCCCCUUUUGCGUUUUCCACGCUCACACCAGGUUGGGACGGGUGCUCCACAGGUCUUAGGACAGGACCAAUCCACCGCCAUUUCCGUGCGCGGAUAUCAGCUUCCACAGUAUUUUUAACAAACUGGAGUUUGCUGGUUGUUAGGUCUUUCCUGACAAACCAUGUCUCACACCCGUAUAAUAGCAUAAACUUAACGUUGGAGGUGAAGAUUCUCAGCUUCGUUCUUCGUGAUAUAGUGGAUGAUCUCCUGACGGCUUUAGUUGGCAGAAUGCGGCUCUGGCUGUAUUUUAGCGGUGUUAAUGUGAAGUCCUUCUUUCGCUCCCUCUGCAUCAAAAGCUGAAGUCUUGGCUUGGACAUUUUCUCGGAAGACAAAGAUCAACCGCGAAGUCGGAUGCCCUCCAAUUUAUCAUCCGCUGACCAAGGUAGUCUUCUUCGACGCCGUCACGUCACGACGUCAACCAGCAUCAUAAGGAACAGUAACAGAGAGAGAAGGCAUCCUUGCUUGACCCCAGCUGUUACUGCUAUUGGGUCCGUCAAAUGGCCUCUGUGCAGCAAUCGGCAUGCAGAUCCCUCGUACAUUGCCCUAAUAAGCGAAAUUACUUUUUCAGGAAUUCCUUUUUUGCGUUGGGUGUUCCAGGUACUGGACCACUUAACCCUAUCAAAUGCCUUCUCAAAGUCUACGAAUAGCGCAUAGACUUCACUCUGCAUUUCGCGGCACUGCUCCAGAACCAUACGCAGGAAGUUGAUUUGAUCCGCACAUGACCGUCCCGGCCUGAAUCCGCCUUGUUCGUCUUCUGAGUUCCGCGUCGACCGCCAUAGCCAUCCUCCUCAGCAGAAUUUUGCUCAACUUCUUCAUAACUUUUACAAGUUGGAUCAGCCGACUCUCUUCUUUUAAAGUUCUGACGUUCCAGCAACUUAUCAGUGUCCGUAUAUUUAUAAAAGUAACUUAAAUAUAUACACAGUUUUUCAUAAGGAUUUUGUUAUCUACGAUGCCUUUCAGGACUUUGCGGCUAACAACAGACUUACCCAUUGCCUUUAGGAUAGACUAUCUAUCUAUACAUAUACGAUUAAUCAUAAAACAUAUUGCUUAAUACCAGCACUUGGAUAGUAGGAUAUUCAUUAUUGACCGAAAGAACUUUAAGGCGUGUAGUAUAAAAGAUGUUUACUGCGACCUGAGAAUCCAGUUAAUAUAAAGACCAGACAAGUUAUGGCAUCGUGAUACAUUCCCUUUCACUUCAGCACUUUUGUUUUGAUUGAUCACUUCACAAUUACAAAUUAAGGCCUACCAAAGACAAAAAGAAAUAUUGAAGUCUUUAAUUACUGAGCCUUGCAGUUGUAAUUAUUUAAAAUAAUAAAAAUAAUCAUUUAUUUGCAAAGGUUUACCAGCCUAUAUGACUGAUUGUUGAAAACAGGAUAGUAUUCAAUUUGAACAAAAUUAAUACAGUGCGAGUAUUUGUUUGCUGUUAUGUAAUAAUAUUCAUACCUAUAGUAUACAUCUUAUUACACUUGUGUACACUUUUGUAAGGAAAUUUGCUAGCUUGGCUCUCUGGAAUAAUGGUAGUUGGUUAAACAUAGAUAAAUAUAUUUUGAAACAGAUUUUUCUCAUUGAUUUACCCACUAAUCAAUUACCAGUCUUUGCGCAAAACCACCAAUAAUUUUCCCCAGUUUUUUACAAACUGAGUAUAUUGGAAAUAUUUACGACUAAAAACUACAUAUUUGAGAUGACAAUGCAAUCAAGGACAGUUGCUGCCGACAGAUGGUUGCUGGUAUCUAAGAUCAAUGUCAGAACGUAGUAAAAUGAUCUGAUCUUUCACGGAUAAAUAACAAAAGAACAAUUAACUUUACUUGUAUAUAUUUUUUAAUGUAAAAGUAAAUCUUCCUGCGGCACAAUAUUUAAAACAAUCGGGUUUGUAUUUUAACAGGACUUUGGGCCUUAGGGCCGUAUUCCAUUGGUUUCUCACCACAGUAAAAUAUUUCGUGUAAGUAGGUUGUGGAUGCAAUUACCCACGACGGUCCUCUUUUAAUGGUGCCACCGUUAAGAGCGAAUACAUUUUGUGACACAAAACUACAGUAAACACAGAUAAUGACAGCGAAGUGUCAAGUGGUUGGAUGAGUUACAUUAUGUUAGCUUUGCCUUCACCUCCUGAGCCUCCCCUAUUCAGAUUUGUGUAAGCAUCGGAAUAAUUGCGGAGAAAAUAGUUGGGCAACCAUAGAAAAGAUUAACGUAAUGUUUUAAAGUUCUGUAUGAUGAAAGUGCAAUUCAUUCUCUAUAAAAUACCUCAAUGUACACACGAUGACGAAAGCAGUAAUAUAACAUUCUUUAACAUUAAGUUAUUUUUAUAGUAGAGUGCCAUUAGCUAUGUAUAUUUAAAACUUUGCCUUUUGGUCUAAUGAAGUAACCAAGCCACCACUGGUCGCGCUGCUCUGAAACCCUAUAUCACUACCAUACCUACCUGUAAUGUUUUUACUCUGUGUGCACGUAUAGGAAGUUCAAGUUUCCAACUCUGUCAGGACAACGAACAUAAUAUGUGAUAUUUUCGUCUAAGUAGAACUUGCGAAAAUGAUAACACGUUCUUCGUAUUAAAAUGUUUAAUUAUUAUAGAGAUUGUUAUAAAAUCGAAAAUACUUAAGACAUAAACAUUGUUAUAACCAACCAGUGAUCGGAUAUGCUUAUUUACCUAAGUUUAGCUGAGUUUGACUAAAUGCGUAGUACUUUUAUUUAAAAAAAAUGCCGCGAUAGCAAAGUUCCGCAUGUUAAAACUGUCUUGUUAACUCGUCAACGUUUGGAGCAAAAUUCAGUGGUCUUAGUUGUUUCCGUUUCUAUGACCGUAUCUGUCUUUCUCGUCAUCGUCAGUUUACAAACAUCCUUUACAAUUUAGAAACAAUAAUUUAAUGAAACCUGCAAAAUCUGAAACCAUAGUAGUAACACUUUCUAUUCGAUCCCCGGAUUUUUAUUAAAACAAAAUAAACUGUUUUAAAAAAAAGCCUUUGCUUUUUUAGCAUUUCCUGAGGUUUUAUAAAGAUUACGUAAAUAAGCGCCCGAAUUUCCGAUCUCUGGUUAUAACUAAAGGCAGAAUAACAAUAGUUGCUUGUUCGACAAGAGGACAAAUAAAUGUUUUUUUUAGGCGACUUUAAAUUACGAACUGGUGAAGUAGGCAAAAUAGACUACCUACUGAGCACAGUGAAUGAUUUAAAGGCUCGUGAAACACAACUUUCACUUCUACCAGCGAGAAAAGUCUUAUAGGUUAUAGCUAAGUAGUAGCAUUACAAACCUGUUCCCUCAAUUCUUUUGCAGUUAGACAACUUUCCUCAUAACUGGACGCACUAAUUUUUCGUUAUAUUAUCACAAAGGUAGUUCAAACAAUGUAUUAUUGAAAGAAAACAUUGGGCAUUUCGUUUUAUAAGUUAUUUUUUUAUUUAAGUAGAUAUUUAAUGACAUUUUUUUUAUGAAUACGAUAUUUAUUAAUUAAUAUUUACUGGUAUUUAUACGUAAAAUACGUUUUAAAACAUAAGGAAUAACAUACGCCUAUUAAGCGUCGAAUUCACACUGCGGAUCAAGCUUCAUAGCUAUGUUUCAUUGCCUUCUGCCAUGGGAAAAUCCAAGAAUGAAAUUAAAAAGUUACUUUAUCUCACGAGAGAGUGAAUCGCGCUUUUCCUGACUGUUUUACGGCACCCUUUUCUGCGCUGGAGAGGUGACAGUGUGUAUUAAUGAACAUUCAUUUAGAACAAAUAUGGUAAAAUUGCGAAAUACAGGCUAUUCUAAUGAUAAAUUUAUGUAUACUUGGAAGGUGUGCAGCCGUAGGCAUAAAAUACUUUUAUAAAAUUGUUUUUAAAAAUUAACCUAACCUAACGGCACUCCACUAAAUGUUUUAUACAAUAUAUAUUAACGUCUUUUUUACAUUAAGAUAUUUUGCACUGAUUAAAAAUUUUCGCUAAGCGAAAUGUGUGCAUUAUUAUUAAAUGUAAUUAAAAAUCAGCAUACUCUUUAUAGGCGGGUUGCACACACGUCAUCAUAGCACCUGGUCGAUAGGUCGUGCAAUUUAAAAUUAAAUUUUAGCGCAUUUAAUUAUUAUUGAUAUAAAUGAAUGUUAGAAUUGCUCCUGUUGUUAUAUGGUAUGAGAAUUGAAAAGGAAAAUAUGUUUCAGUAAUGCACGAUGAUAAGGUUGAAUAAACAAUUUAUUGCCAUUUUAUGGCCUCCACUGUUCUACAUAUUAAAUAAUAGAUAAAACUUAAGUAGGAGCAAAUUAUCUAAAACUAACUUGAUUAGAAUUAAACAUAUCCAUAGUGUCCUGGUGGUGACCUGAUAAGUGUUUUUUUUUAUUUUGACCAUUUAUUACUGACGUAAUUUUUUGGAUCGGGGUUCUGUGAAUUGUUCUAAAAUAGUGUAAAAAUAAAAUGCAAUAAAUAGCUUGUUGUUAAAGUUUUAAUUUGUUUUCAAAAACCCAGGUUGAAUGUAAAAGUCACUUUUUAAAAAAGCUGUCAUACAAAAAGUAUGUAUGACUGUAUUAUUAUUACCAUUAUAUUAAAAACUUUUACAUUUAAUGGGGUUUCUGAAAUCGCAUCACACUCACGUCUAGUCCUUAGUAUUACAAAGAUGUUUGCUAUGGAAAUUAGGAAGGCGCCAUUUUUUCAAAGGAUGAUUUAGCGCUUUAUACUGCCAGCUUAAGUAAAACAAUUCCCCGACUUCAUCAAUUGUAGCUACAGCAUUAAAAUAUAUAAAUAGACUAGAAGAAACGGUCAAAAUAAGAAACUUAGGGUCCCUAGAGACUUUAAUUCUAAUCAGAUUAGUAGAUUAUUAGGUGACGUAGCUUCCAGUUAAGUUUGUCUAUUAUUAACGGGCACCUUCUAUACUUAGAUAAUAUUAUGUUUUUUACAAGUAAAGCUUCUUUGGGCGAUCAAUAAAGAUUAAACGCAGAAUGAAACUCUGCGCGAGUCCCGACUAGCGUAUGUCUCGUUGUUCUGCGAAAUUAUCUUCUGUAUUCCCAUAAAACAAAGUAGCUACUUAUAUUUUUUAAGUUAUAUUUUUAUAAAAAUGUGUGCACCUCGACCGUGGCUGGUAGUUAAAGCUGAUAGAUUUUCCUGUUUUGCGAUUGGUGUUUAUUGCCUUGAAACCUAGUGCUCGAUCUUCCUAAGACUUCUUAGUGCAGUAACAAAAAGGAAGCUGGUCUUUCCAAAUAUUGAAAUACGAUUUAUUGUUGACGUUGCAAAUAUCUUACAUGUUUUUACAAGUUACAUAUAAUUCAAAGUUAAUGUACAAAACAGGUUUGAAAAAGACUUUGAAGUGUAGGUAGCUACGGACAUAAUGUUUGUGAUAAUGAGGGGGUGAAUGUAGGUGGACGAGUCCACCUACAGCUGGAUAAGGGGCGCGCGGCGACGCGAGCGCACCCACGGCCGCCGCAUUGCCUCGCCGCGCACCCUCGUGGAUCGUCCUUGACAAGUAUACGAUGAAACUAUUCUCGCUUUCACAUUGCUUUGUAAUGAAACAACCAUUUAUACAUGGUAACCGACAGAAUCGAUUCGUCAACUGUAGUUUUUGUAAAGUAUCCACAUGUAAGCAAAUGUAAUGCGAGGUGGUCACCAUCGUUUAUACAACUCGUAGUUGAUAAAUUUAUUAUUAAGUUUAGAUGUAUGAACUUCAUCACGUAAUAUGAACAUUGGCAAAAUAUUGUAACAGACAUGACGAUUCUUUCGGAUCAAUAAAUUUUGUAUAAUAAUGUUGUCAAGAAGUAAAAGAAACUAUAAAGAUGAUAUUUAUUUGUCCUAUGACUGCUACGAUCUUUUGCUUAAUAGGUUUGUUGGCUCCUGUAAAUAGUUUAUUUCAAUUAUGAUCGCCGCAAUGUGUAGUCGUCUUUGGGUCUUCAACUAACUGUUUAUUUUUAUUAUUAGCGAUAAAGGAAAAUCAAAAUGCACCCAAAUGCGUGCUACACAUAGUCAUUAUGUAAUGUAAAAGUAUGUAUUUAACUGUACUAUCAGUGGACAUUACAAUAAACGAGUAAUGGAAUAUUGGGGAGCAAAACUAAAAUUGUAAACACUCGCUUUGUGUACUUGAUAUUAUGUAAAAUGUUGAUAAUUGAAGGAAAUUAAUGAUCGUUGAUUUAUAAAUAAAUUUAGCUUUGUUCCUCAAUGAAAACGGCCAUUAAAAUGA